AUAUCCCUAUGGAAUUAAACGGUUAGAAAAAAUGAGAUUAAAAAAGUCGAAUGAAAGACCAGAGAUAUCGUGAUCCCGCGUUCGUACAUAACAGAUAUAAGGUUUCCCUCGUUCCCUUAUGCGUACGCGCAUGCGCUCUUGCAGAGCUUACGUUUGAAAUUUUAUAUCUUUCGUUGUGCGUCGUCGAACUAUUCAAAAUGUAAGGUGGUGGUAUUCGCUUUGUGCACAUAGAAAUCUAUCCGCGAGAGAAGAGCCUGCGAAAGAUCAAAGCGACAAAGUUUUGUAAAACUUAUUUUUUCUAUGAGCUGCUACUUUUACGGUCACCGAUAAGGUAUAUUUCGACGUGAUGAUAGACGAUCAUCCCGCCGGAAGAAUCGUUUUAGGCUUGUUCGGAGAUAUCGCUCCAAAAACAGUGAAGAACUUCGUUACGAUAGCUACGACCGGUAUAGAUGGGAGAACUUACGCGGGCACGCCAUUUCAUCGUAUUAUUAAGAAAUUUAUGAUUCAAGGCGGUGAUAUCGAGAAUGGCGAUGGUACUGGAUCUAUCAGUAUUUAUGGGAAAUAUUUCGACGACGAGAACUUUGAUUUACAACAUACCGGACCAUUUUUCCUUAGUAUGGCAAACGCUGGUGAAAAUGCCAAUGGUUGUCAAUUUUUCAUCACGACCGUUGCCACGCCUUGGUUAGACGGAAAGCAUACCGUUUUUGGGAAGGUGAUCGAAGGGCAGAGCGUAAUUUUCAAAAUCGAACUGACACAGACGGACGUCUAUGAUAAACCGGUCAAGCCGAUAGUUAUAUCCGAAUGUGGAGUAAUUCCGGUGACGUCGCCGUUCUCCGUUUCCGACGAUCCCUACAAUAUCUGGGAAUGGAUCAAAGCGACCUGCGUACCAUUGACUUUCAGUUUCACGGUUCUUGCUUUCUUUCACUGGAUGAUGAAGCAACUUGACGUUUAAAAAUAAUCUAGAAAGUGACUUUAUGUACUGAAAGAGAAAGGGAAUAUCACGAUGGAAGCCGUUCAGAUCGUAUAGGAUAUAAUAUACGUAUAUGCCGUAAGGGAGAACAAUUGAUAUUACUUAUAUGGAAUCUCAAUAAAUAUUUGUUAAAAUGAA